AUGAGCGACGGAGCCGGUGUCUCUUGCCGACUUCGCCAAGCGGGCGCCUCCUGCCCGAACGGCGCGGACCCUGCGCCGGACGCAGUCCCAGGCGGCCGCCGAGCCCAGGAGGGAGCCCGAGCCGGGUCGAGCUCGCCGGAGCCGCUGUGCUGGAUGCCCUGGAGGAACAAGGAGGCCUCCAGCCCCUCCUCUGCUAACCCCUCCCCGGAGGCCCUCCAGAGCCCCAGCUCCAGAGGCAACAUGGCGGACAAGCUCAAGGACCCCCACACCCUGGGCUUCCUAGAGGCGGCUGUGAAGAUCAGCCACACGUCCCCAGAUAUACCGGCCGAGGUGCAGAUGUCCGUCAAAGAGCACAUCAAGCGUCACACACGGCUGCAGCGACAGACCACAGAGCCAGCAUCGUCCACCAGGCACACGUCCUUCAAGCGCCACCUGCCGCGGCAGAUGCACGUGUCCAGCGUGGACUACGGCAACGAGCUGCCCCCAGCGGCAGAGCAGCCCACCAGCAUCGGCCGCAUCAAGCCCGAACUCUAUAAGCAGAAGUCGGUGGAUGGGGACGAUGCCAAAUCCGAGGCCAAGAGCUGCGGGAAGAUCAACUUCAGCCUGCGCUAUGACUACGAGAACGAGACCCUGAUUGUGCGCAUCCUGAAGGCCUUCGACCUCCCAGCCAAGGACUUCUGCGGCAGCUCCGACCCUUACGUCAAGAUCUACCUCCUGCCCGAUCGCAAGUGCAAGCUGCAGACCCGGGUGCACCGCAAAACUCUGAACCCCACCUUCGACGAGAACUUCCACUUCCCGGUGCCCUACGAGGAGCUGGCCGACCGCAAGCUGCAUCUCAGCGUCUUCGACUUUGACCGCUUCUCCCGCCACGACAUGAUCGGGGAGGUGAUCCUGGACAACCUCUUUGAGGCCUCCGACCUGUCCCGGGAAACCUCCAUCUGGAAGGACAUCCAGUACGCCACGAGUGAAAGUGUGGAUUUGGGCGAGAUCAUGUUUUCCCUCUGCUACCUGCCCACAGCAGGCAGGCUCACCCUCACCGUGAUCAAAUGCCGGAACCUCAAGGCAAUGGACAUCACAGGCUACUCAGAUCCAUAUGUCAAAGUGUCCCUGCUCUGUGAUGGGCGGAGGCUGAAGAAAAAGAAAACCACCAUAAAGAAGAACACCCUCAACCCUGUCUACAACGAGGCCAUCAUCUUUGACAUUCCCCCGGAGAACAUGGACCAAGUCAGCCUGCUCAUCUCCGUUAUGGAUUAUGAUCGAGUGGGUCACAACGAGAUCAUUGGAGUCUGUCGUGUGGGGAUCAACGCUGAAGGCCUGGGAAGGGACCACUGGAACGAGAUGCUGGCGUACCCACGGAAGCCCAUCGCACACUGGCACUCCUUGGUGGAGGUAAAGAAAUCCUUCAAAGAGUGGCAAGGCCGAGCCUCCAGCUUCGACAGCGAGAGUUCGUGCCCGUCUCCGAAACCACCUCCGACACCAUGA